UAUAAGGUCGAAUAAAGUUUGAAAUAUUUAAGCUAACAUUAAACUUAUUUGAAAUAUAAGCUUAUUACAGCUAUGUAUUUAGAACUACAACAUAAAAGGAAUACCAAAAUUCCUUUGCUCAGCAAUCACCCUUUUUAAGAUAAUUGUUUUGUUAAGAGUAUGAUUUAUCAAGUGCUCAAAAAAUAUUAAACCUAACUCAAAUGUCAUUUGUCACAUAGGAAUUUCCAAUUAUUGGAAACAAGAAGGGUAGUUUUUUUUCUCGAAAAAUUAAAGCCCUUUUAUCAUGCAACAAAUGAAAUGAUCCUUGCAAAGGAGUGAAGGAUAAAGAAUAUAAGGUUUGUAAAAAAUUUGGAGAAAAUGUGAUGUUUUGGGGUUUUUACCCUUCGGAUGAGUCACUGGGAGUCAGUAUUAGGUUACACGCUUUGACAUGGUAGAGAGUUGCGAGCAAUUGCGACCAAUCAUUGUCAGAGCGGGUGCCGCGGACCGGGGCAGGGGUGCGCUACGGUGGUGUCCCAUUACGCCCCUGGUCUUAUUAAUAGAUGGGACUGUGGCUUGAUGUUAACCCCUGGAGUACUGGGAUAUCACUGUUGGUGUGUGAUAUGAAUUGGAUUUCAGACCCAAGUGAGGGAUCGGAGUGAGGGAGGGAGGAUUUCUUUUCUGUUUGGAGAGAAUGGAUGGCGACAAUGAGGGUACUUUCCUCAGCCGAAUGCCGACACUUGAAUGUAUUGUAUGCAGAACUUGCUUUGACAAUCAUAGGACUGUGUUAAGUGAGUGUACACACCCUCCCACCUAUCCCACACACACCCUCACACACUCUCUUACUCAUACUCACUCUCAUUCCACACACACACACACACUUGCUCACUAAAUGAACUAUCGCAUACCUAAUCAGUACUAGCUGUAUUUUACCAGCUGAAAUGGGUGUACACUGGUGGAAGAGCUCAUGAAUAUGCAUACAUCCCUCUCCAGGCAUCAUGAAUUAUUCAUGCAGUCUCCGCCCCCCCCUAGGAAGCAAUAAAUGCACGCAAUAUCAGAGUAUUGAUUCUCUCGCCGCAUCGCCCCCGACGACGUAAGGAAUAGAUGAAUAGGUAAUGAUGGUUACCAAAGUCCCAGCGUAAAUUGAUGUGUACCGCGGAAAUACCGUCGGAGAAUGGUGCUGGCGACCACAGCUUGCUCCAAAUGAGAAAAUUGUUGACAGUCGGCCUGAGAUGUUCACAGAGAUGGUAAUGUUGCUAGCUGCGUUGGAAAACAAUAGCGACUUAAUUUUGAUGGAGUGUGCUGUUUGUGACUUCUUGGCUCUGGGUCGGUGGGGGAAGAUGGAAAUUGGCAGCAGCAAAUUUCUUCCUUAGCACCGCAGGAUUUUACCUUCGAAGAGAUAACUUUAGAUGCAAUUAUUUGGGAUGCCCUCGGUAGAGGCACUGAUGUUCUGAUUAGAGUUGUUUUCAGGGUUCUUUGAGGUUGCCAAGACAUCAUCGUCUAGCAAACAGAGCGAUUGGAGCGAUCGCUGAAUCGAACAUUUGCGUAGAGUCAAGUGGCAUUUCGUGGAGGCGAUGGUUGAUGUGGCGUGAAGAGGGAGGAAGGUCGAGAAAUGAGGACGUCGGAUUAUUGGAUGGAUUGACGGGGAUAGAGAAACAGUCUGAAGGAUAGGAGAGGGAGUAAUGAGCAGAUGGACAUUAUGAAAUGAGGCUUACAUUUCUCCAGUUUUAAUUCAGGCCUGUUCGUGAUAACCCGUAUGAUGUUAGAGAGAUAUUAGAGACCUGCUGUUGUUCAAAACAGCUUGUGACCGUUGCUGCGAUGAGUCCAUGAGCGAGGGGGUAGGACAGGACCCCCACUGUCUAAUUUCUCAUCAGUGUUAAAUGCCCUGUGGAUUGCAGAUUCAUAUCAUCUUGUCGCUGAUGAGAUCAUUAUGUAACCAGGAGAGGGGGCAUUGUUGUUAUCCUGUUAACCCUGCGAGCUUGCUGCUAUCGCUGAAGCUAAUUAUGUUCAAUGCGAGGUAGAAUCUCGUUGAAGCACGCGAGGCAAUCAUCUCCCGAGCUCGAUUGGGUUGGAUUCAUUCAUUAUUUGCCGAGCUAUCUCUGACUGGUGGUGUACCUCGCUUCCUGAUUGCUCCUUCGUUUAACCUACCCCACUUCUCCCAUCCAGUUUAUCUUUCCCUGCGCAGACACACCACCGCAGGUGAACAGCUUCGUCUUACGUUCCCAACAUCUUCAGAGAAACAAAGGCUUCAGCCUGGAUAAGAUUACCUCACUGAUAAACUUGACGGUUUGCCAGCGAGAAAAAAAAGGGACCCCCUCAUCAAUAUUUUUGUGAUUCUGCAGGUGUAAAGGGGAUUAGGGAACCUGUCUUCAACCUAUAAAACCACUCAGGAUAUGAAGAGUUGAUUACAAGCGACGCACUGGAUGUAAUUUUUCAUCUGACGGGGCAAUCACUUAAAGCUCGACUUGAACCUGCGAAGCUCCAUCCGUUCUCUGUGGUCAUCGAGGCAGACACAUGGAAAAUAAAUUACAGCCUAGGCUGCAAACUCGGCAUGUAUCUAUGUUCUUUAAGCUGGAAUGAUUUACAACAUUGGAUUUCAUUAUGGUACAUUGGAAGAGGAUAAAAGUAGGUGAGGAAAUGUACUCUGGAUAGAAUGACCUUCAGGUAAUGUUUUGACUUUGAGAAUGUUAUUGAAGGGUUACGGACUGGCCUUUCGUAACUCAGGGAGAUGUUCAACGUCAGCAGACUUCAAUAAGCAAUCAAUUUUUCUCACCCAAUUUCUCGGUCGUGCCGCCAAAGUAAAAAAAAUGCAUAAGGAAUGUGGAUAUGUUUUACGCGACUUUGGAAAGUGAUCAAUUUGUCACCUCCUUGUAUACAUCAGAAGUGGAUAAGUGUUUUUCAUCUCGUCUGUGAAUUGUUUCCUUAUUUCACCUAUCAGAAGGCUAAUAACAAGAGAUAUAUUGAAGUGACGAUUACAGCAAAGGGGGAAAAAAGCAAUGGCCAGAAUCAAGAUUACAGCAGGAACUUGUCAUUUCAAAUGAGAGACUUUCUCUAAAUUGAAAUGACAGUUAGGGGAUUGGCAUGAUUGUCGGAGUGCUAUUUGUGGAACAAAAGCAAUUUUACAUCAUCUUGCCUCUCAGUCGACUUCAGAAAGAAAGAGGUUUGAGACGAUUUGUUUGAUUCUAAGCUUUAUUACCUUGGACCUGACGAUAAUGGGUUCACAGUGAGAGAGCCGUAAUGAAGUUCAAUUUGAAGAUAUAUACAGAUGUCUUCGGUGAGGAACCACAUCGCUUUGAUUGCCUGAGGGCUGAAGCUGUUUAGUGCAUUGUGAUUCGUUCUGCUGUAUUGUUACAGCUAAUAGAUAAAUGACAUUGAUGCCAUUAAUAAUAAAGGUUAUUAAACUUGCCAAACUUGAUACGAUUUCAUCUCUAAUGAAGUCGUAUUAUUCUUGGCAAGGUACUUGUGACUUGGCAUUGCUUGUUAAGCUCAUCAAGGAACAAUUUUGAGCUACGUCUGUCUAAUUCUAAAGAUAUUCUGCAGCCACAGUAGAGGUAGCAUUGCAAAAAAUGGCUUUUGAGAACAGUACGCUCGUGUACCAGCGCAGAGCAGAGAUGUUUGACUCGGACUCAGACCAUCUGUCUUCGAGCGGCGAGAGCUCCCCACGAGAAGGAAUCGGCAAGUCUAUUGUUAUUCCUAACUUUGGAGCCGUCCAGCACAACCCCAACAAACGAAUCCCUCUUAUGGGCACCUGGAGACUCCACGAGAGUGUCAAUAUCAGCAGAAGUAGGCAGAACUCUGAGAGGUCUUCCGGCGUUGAUUCCGACGCUGAUUUUGUCUUCCGUCACAAAAGCAAUGGCAUCGACGCAAGGUAUUCGGCUGUGAGACGGCUUCCUGUGAACGGUCACUGUGAAGGUGAUCAUGAAAAGGACAGAAAUGGUGACCGUUCCCAUAUGCCUGUUCCUGAGCGAAGGAAAGAGCAUCUCAAUGGACAUUGUGGAUUAGACUUCAAAAAAUUUGAUGUGAAUGGCACUGCAGUUAGACCAGACCCGCAUCUCACAAAUGGAAACCGCAAGGAAUACAGCAUCCUAAAUGGAAAUAAUGUGUACAUCAAUGCAACUACCACUGUAGGUGAAUGGUUAGAAAAUGGCCAUUUUGAUACUGGAGGAAAUAACGGUAAGAAGCCCACUGUAGGAUAUUCCAAAAAGAACCCAAUCUUAUCGAUCAACAAUAACGUCAUAAAGGAAGACUUCUGUGCCAAUGGGAAAGUGAACUUUAACCAGGAGAGUGAUGAAAACAGCCCCAUCUUCAUCCAAAGUUUAAAACUGGAUGAUAAUUUGAAUAGAGGAAUCGCAUCCUUGCUGUAUUCGAACACCCCAUCCCUGACGUUCUGCCAAAGGAAGAGACUUAAUUUCAUGAAACUUUGUCUUCGGCGGAAUCAACCGUUCUACUUUCUGGAGAUGGCAGGAGAGAACGACAAGGUUCCAAGUCCUAGGAUGUUGAUGCCACGUCCAAACUCUGCUUUCAUCCCGAGGGUGGUGCCUGGUACCGGCUCAAAGGAACACGGUGUCUCGGUCCAAAGCAGUCUUGACAGUGAUAACGAGGAUGUCUUCAAGCAGGUUGUCAACAUGCACCCCUCAGAUCAGUCGCUGGCGGACAGGGGAAUCCCCAACCGUAAGCUGCAGGCGAGGUACCAGGAAGCCAUGCUGAAGCUGGAGACCUUGAAGCGACAGAAUGAAGAGACACUGAAGAUGUAUGACCAGGCAAGGAAGGAUGCCGACUACUACUGCAAGCAGCACAGGACGGCCAUGAGCAAUGGGGAUCAGCUACGGGGCAAGCUCCAGGGGCUCCAGCAGGAGUAUGCGGAGCUGAUGUCGGAGAGAAACCAAGUGCAACAGGAGAUCAAUGAUCUUAGACAGAGAUAUGAUGAUGAUGCCAAGGAGUUGAAUGAACUCCGAAUCCAAAGUCGGGAAUUUGUGAGUGUGAUGGGACAACCUGAUGUGAAGCGGAUGUAUGAUAUGGCCAUGGAUAGGUAUGAGACCCUGAAACACGAGUACGACAGUCUUCAGAAGCGGUAUACCGACAUGAAGAGCUCACAUGGAUCAGGUGUGAACAAAAUUGAAAGGUUACAGGAAGACAAGAGUCAGUUACAACUUCAAAUAGACACUGCGGUGAAGGAGAGGAAUGCUCUGAAACAACAGUGUACAGGUGCAAUAAGAGAGUAUGAGAAAGCUCGCAGGGAGCUGGAAGAGCUUCGAAAGCAGGAGUACAAAGCUCAGCAGGAUAGCAGAGUCUUCAAACAAGCCAUCAAGAAGGCACAGAUGGAUCGUGACCAGGCUGUACAUGAACACCGUCUGGUCAUGAGUGAACGCGAUGAAGUCCACAAGGAGAUUGAAAAGCUCCAGGACGAAGCACAGCGGGAAUCUACCAGGCGAAAGGCUGCUGAGGAAAAACUUGCCACCAUGCAGAACGACUAUAGCCAUCUGCAUCAGAAACUCGUUGACACGUUGCGCGAGCAGGACCAAUCAGAAAAGAAAAUUAGCGAUCUGUCAGAACGCUAUCGCGUCAUGAUCAACAAUACCAUGAUGGCGAAGAAAGAACGUGAAGGUAUCCUUCAGGACCUCCGGAAGUAUGAAGAGGAGCUGCAGGUAGCACGUCAUGAGCGAAAGGAAGCCUUGGACCAGCUGGAGGAAGUCAACCAGGAGAGGUACAAAGCCAAACAGGAACAGGAGAUGACCAACCAUGAGUACAAAGAAGUCAACAAGGAAGUGGAGUCUUUGAGAAGGAAGGUGGAUUCUUUGACUAGGGAACUUAAAGAAUCAUUACAGGAAUCAGAGAAUGCCAAGAGGUUACGAGAUUGGGCCUUCAUGGAGCGAGAUAAGAUCGUGGCUGAGAGGGAGAGUAUACGGGCCCUCUGUGACAAACUCCGUCGGGAACGGGACAGGGCAGUGAGCAACUAUGCAGAAGCUCUGCGUAAGACGGAUGAUGUGGAAAGAAAGAAGAAUGAAGUCACUAAAGAACUCAACGAGGUCAAACAAAAUGUGAUACAGCAGGAGGAGAAGGAAGCUAGGAUGAGACAGCUGAUCGCUCCUCGUAGCCGAGACUCCGCCAUCGAUGCUGAUUCUCAAGAAUGGCAGAUGGAGUUGGUAGAAAUAGAAACCGUCAAGGAUGAUGGAGAUAUGACGAUGCUCGGCUUCGACAUCGGCGACUGCAACAAGGAUCACCAAUUUCCUGACGACUGCUCCGUCGUCAUCACAAAGGUCGACAAGGGCAGCGUGGCUGAUGGGAGAUUGAAAGUGAACGACUGUGUUGUGAGGGUUAACAAUGUUGAUUUGACCAAUGGCGGAGAUCGCAGUAUAGCCGUCCAGGCACUUCAAGCGGUCAAGAACAGCAGAGGGGUGCUCAACAUGGUUGUUAAGCGACGCAGGCCCUCUAGUGUCCGACAUCAUCCAGUCAAGCUGUUCUAUGGCGGCAAAGAGCAUGGUCUUGUCCUUGAUAAUGGUAUCUUCAUCAGCAGGAUAGUGGCUGGCUCUGCGGCUGCUAAAGAGGGCAGUCUUCUACCUGGUGACAGAAUAGUUUAUGUUGAUGGUUUUCUGGUGGAGAACAAGUCUGUCUCUGAAGUUGAAGAGAUGCUCUCCUCAAGCAACGAUUCAGUCAUGCUAAACAUUGUCAGGGUUACAGGGAUGUCAAUGUCAUCCAGCACCAGCCCGACAGUGGAAUCCAUUCAGAGCCACGAGACAUCGUCAUCAAAGUCCAGUCUAACACCCUACUUACCCCCGAUGGAUGUUCCAGAACAGAAGUCGGACAGGAAUGGCAACCUUCAGCAGCCUCCAAGCGCCAAGGAUGAGGUCGUCCAACAAGCGCUUAGGGCGUUUGUCCAGCGCAGAGAGAGCAUGCAUUCGAGGGAGAGCAGUCAUGAGUCGGCCAACAGUGGUGAACAGACUCCACUUGCACUGUCCAGGCAGAAUUCUGUCAAGGAAAAAAUGCACAACCAGGACCCGAACCGCGACAAGAGGUUGACGGUGGGGGAUUACCCGCAGAAUUCGCUGAAGAGAAGUGAGAUUGGGCAACGUGAGAGUAGGAAGUCAUACUCCGGACAUGAAAAUAUGCCUUUAGAGUUUGGUCAUCCCAAUGGACAAUAUGAUCCAAUGCGGCAUGUGGGAGGAGAGUUUGUUAAAUCACCUUCGCCAGGUGCCGUUAUGCAUCAUGAAAACUAUCGCAGGGAUGGCAACCUACGAUCGUAUCAUGGAAAUGAUUCAUCUCAUAGACCUCAAGACAGUGGCCGCAGAGAUGUUGCUCAUGUAAGUGAGAUUAAGAAUGAUGGGCAGCCACUUACGAAUGGUGACCUGCGACCUCUCCCUGGGUCAAGGGAAGGUCAGAGGAAGGAUAGAACAUUUCCAAGAGAAGGAAGCCGUGAGAGUCAUUUCAAUGGAGACUUUCCGCCAGUGCAAUUUGAUAGAACUGAUCCCCACAGGGAGAGCUUCCACAACCGGAAUGCUUCAAAAAGCUUGAAUCGCAAGAGAGAAUUCAAUGGAUGGAGCGAGCCUAGCCGCUCCUUGUAUCCCUCGCGGAUGCCCAACCACAAGCCUUCUUACGAGUCCAGUCAUUGGGAAAAGUGCAAAAAUGAAAGUGUACAUAGUAGUCAUGUUAAUGGGAAUGUGCAAGUAUCAAGAUCCACAUCGCAGAAUUGUUCCCCUAGAGACUUCCAUGCCUCAUCGCCUCAUAUGCAGCAGCCAGUGCAGUCCGGUCACAUCCGUAGCUGGUCUAGCAGUAGCGGACGUGACAUGGAGCCGAACUUUAAGCCUGAGGAAUAUGUUUCAUGUCAUUUGGACAAUGAUCAAGAGGAUAGCUAUCCUGACUGGGAUCAGAAACAGGCAGAAAACAAUGUUUUUGCAGGAGAUGCUGAAAGCAAAACUGUGCCUGUCACACACCCCAAACAGCAAGUUCAUGUCAAGGACCACAGUACUUGGCCCCGAUCUCAUGGGCCACCUGAUCCCUACAAUAAAGGACAUAAAAAACGUAGGAGGGGACCAAUUCCAGACAUGACCCAAAGGAACGAUAGUGUUGAAGCUAUUAUUAAGCCAACUCCUCCUAGUCGUACAUCAUCCUUCAAAGCCUCACUGAGACAUGUAGAACCGUCACCAACUUCUCCGAAUGGAUCAGAAUCUAGGAGGCAGUCAUCAAGUGCAGGUUCUGAGAUGAAGAGUCAAGGGUCGCUCCAUUCAGCACAAAGCACAACUGUUAAGGUUUCACCUAUCAACCCAUCAAGUCCCUUGAACAAUAUGCGCCAGGAUAACAUCAAUCAAAAUGGCAUCGACUCCCCAAAACAGAAUGGGUUCUUUCAAUUUGACUCACAUCCUGAACACAGCAAGUCGUUUGUUUCCGUGACCAAAGAUGUUACCCAGGCUGUGGCCUUUCGUCCUGUCUCAGUUCCAUCUGUGCAGCAAAUCAAAUACUUAUCCAGUGAAAGUGCAAUAGUGCCCCGAGUGGAGCCUCUCGUUCAUGCCACAUCUCCAGGAUAUUACUCCAGCAGACGGCAUCCAGAACCUUUCCAGAAUGUGAGAGCAGAUCCAGUUGUGACUGUUCCACCUUGGGACACCUCAUCUCUCCCGUCAUCAGAGUCAGGAUCUUCUAGCUACUACAACACCUGGUCCAGGCCUGCAGAAGCCCAGGUGAUCAUCCAGCCUACUGUACCAAGCUACAGAGUCAUCAGUCGUAAGCUGGAGUCGGCCAUCACCAACAACCGCUAUAUCCAGGACAACCCAAACUGCCAACCACCAUCACCAGGAUUAUCUGACUUUGAUCCUUUCCCGAUGUACCCCAGAGAGCCGAUCACCCUCUCUAGGACAUCUUUGCCUGGAAGCGGGAGAGGACACCAGACGUCCUGGAGUACUAGUUCUGAAUAUAGCACAACUUCUCUUCCUGCUAAGUUUAAUAGGAUUCACUUUACUCCCAAUCCUCCUAGUCGGCCUAGUCCUGGACUAUCGAGCUCCUCAGAUAUUGCAUCUAUCAAUUCCGGUCACAGCAGUCCGACAUCACCUAGUGUGAUAGACGAUUCUCACCUUUCACCUGCCGUAUCAGCUGAACCCAGCGUAACCGUCACAAGCCAAGGUGGACCGAACGACACUCGUCUGAUAGAAAUUGAGAAGACGUUGGAACCUGGUCUAGGAUUCAGUAUCAAGGAAGCCGGAGGAAUCUUUGUGAAUACGGUCACAGAGGGCAGCCUUGCUUACAGAGGGGGUCUCAAGUAUGGAGAUCAAAUUCUUGAGGUGAAUGGGAUCAAUCUCCGUCGUGCGACCUAUGAGAACGCAGUCCAGAUCCUCACGAGGGCUGGUAAUAGCAUCUGUAUCAAGGUUCAAUACAACAGGAAUAAAAUGGAAGACGACCAGAGGAACUCCAUGUGUUCCAGUACCCAGUCCACACCCAUCGCCUCACAGACCAGUACCAGGACUAACUCACCAACCCCAACCAUCACACCUCCCACACCUAGGGCUAGCAGAACGCAGAGCAUCCUCUCUUCCUCGUCAUCUGUAAUGUUGAGUGAGCAACCAAGGUUUGUCUUCCUUACCAAGUGUGGAGGAAGCAUCGGGAUACGGAUGUAUGGAGGUAACAAAGUGGGCAUCUUCGUCUCGGAGAUAGAACCGAUGAGCCCUGCUUCCAAAUCAGAUGGGCUCCUCGUCGGUGACCAGAUCCUGGAGUACAACGGCGUUGACCUGAGAAAUGCGACUGCUGAGAAAGCCGCCAUAGAGCUUCAGAAACCAGCAGAAGGAAUCACAAUCUUGGCACAACAUAACCUCUCAAAAUUCAACAAGAUUCAGAACCACAACUGUGAUGAGCUUUACAUCAAGGCUCUGACGGACUUCACUGCUGAGAAGGAAGGUCAGUUGUCUUUCAAGAAGGAAGAGAUCAUGGUCGUUGAGGACACCAUGUACAAUGGAUCCCUUGGUGUCUGGAUUGCCUGGCUUAUCAACCAGGAGGGGAAGAAGAGCAGGGGCGCCGGUGGACAGAUUCCCAGCAAGACUGCUCUCCACCGUGAGAUGGUUAGGCGUCGUCUCCUCUCAGAGGGCAUGCAGGAGGAGGAACUCCGGACCGCAUCCUCGAGACGUAGCUCCGGUCCCGCCAGACGGAGCUUCCUCAAACGCAAGAAGAAACACCAGCACAACAACUCCAAGGACAGUAGGGAACUCAGUGAAGGUUCCAUGACUGAUGUCCCUGUCCAUGAAGAUGCGAGCGUCCCUACAUACCUACGAGUGGAGCCCCUGGACAUGCACAUCAAAAGGCCUGUGAUAUUGCUGGGACCUUUGGUUGACAAAGUUGCGCUGAAAAUGACAGAGGAAUCGCCCAACAAAUAUGUCAGAGUUUAUCCAAAAAUAGUCCAAUCAGCCAGCCAUAUGUUAGAGAAGGACAUUGAGAAUGGCCUAAUCUUAGACUAUCAGAGAAAAGAUGGAAUGUAUGAGGUCAUCAACACAUCGGAUGUCAAAGACAUCUGUAAGAAGGGGUGUCAUUGCAUCUUGAAUGGUCUCAACCCGUAUGUGGCCGAGAGACUUCAGAGACUUCAACUUCAUCCUAUUGUCAUCUUUGUCAAGUUCAAGACAAUCAAGAAUAUCAAGGAGCAGAAAGAUCCUCAUUUCCUGAGAGAAAGAGUGACUCACAAACAAGCCAAGGAACUCUUGGAGGCUGCCAACAAGAUUGAACAAGAUUUCAAAUCCCUCUUCUCGGAAAUUAUCCAAGGAGGAAACCUGGCUAGUAUAUCAACUCGUGUGAAGAACCUCAUAGACGCCCAACAACGCAAACCUAUCUGGAUACCAUCGAGUCAACCUCUAUAGGAAGAACUAAUGUUCAGGACUGUUGAGUGCUUAGAGCUAAAUGCAUUUUUUAUGUCAAUUUCAUAUCUGAUGGCAUAUUGCAGACAUGACUGAGAUAUCAGACAGAGCAAACCUCGAGAGGAAUAAUGACUGUUGAGUACUUAAAGUUAUAAUGAUCAACGACAUCAGUUCAUAUCUGAUGACAUCUUAUAGACAUGAUUGUUGUAUCAGCCAAUAUGAGCUAGCUGACAUCAUUUUGUCAUUAGGAUAUUGCUUGUUGCAGAUACCACUUGAUCACAACUAAGGGACAUUAGCCAGUCAAAUUUAAAAGAGACAUCUUGCAGAUGGCGUCAUUCGGACAGCAGCCAAUCAAAGUGAGCAGAUUGCUGUCAGACAGGAGACAUCAGUCGUACAUCAGACAAAUCUAACUCUUAAGUUGAUAUCAAUCUUCAACAGUCUUGAGACGUCCAGCUCUGAUUGACCAAUCACAGCUUUCAGAUGUCGCUCGUCCUUUGCCCAAUCAGAGUUUGAUAUCAGCCAGACUAAGCUAUCAGACAUCAAGCAAAGCUAUCAGACACAAACCAGAUAAAGCUGUCGGACAUCAAGCAGUCAUAACUAUCAGCCAUCAAAGCUGUCAGCCAUCAGGGCAGCGUUUCAUCAACAUUUUCGUCCAACAAGAUGUUGGGUCUGACAACUUUUCUUGAUAAUGAUUGGCUAAGAUUCACUGUUACCAUAGUAACUGUAAGGUAAAACAUGUGACAAGUCCUUUCAUGAAACACUCCCAAGGUCAUUAGUAAUAUGGAUGAUAUUCAGAAUUUUGACUACUGUACCAGUGAAGUCAAAUGCCUGUUCUUUAAACAAAGCAGUAUAGUCUACUGUGAUAUGAGAUCUGGUUCAAAAUGGAAAGAAGGAACAAUUACUUUGCAGAUUGGUUUUGUGAUAAAUCCACCAUUGUUACCUUGAGACCGCUGUGCAUAAGGAUUCGAAAGCUGCGGCAUGCAAUGAGGCUUGCAGGGGAUAUCCUGGGUCCCGUGACAGAGUUUGGCAAUUAAUCGUAGGCUUGAUUUUUGCGAUUGAUUGUACACCGUAGUCAAUGCAAUCGAUUGUACAAAAAAGUUCUAUGAUCAUUGCUAGCCUUUGUGCUAUGGGACUUUUUUGGUAAGCCUGUCAGAUGAGGGAAUUUGUUUGAAAGUAAAGUCAGAUAAAUUUUGUUAUAAAUGGUUAUAACUAGUAGCAUUUCCUGGAUUUUUCCUUUCAUUUCACGUAGAAUUCUGUGUCGUUGAGAUAUCUCUGUUGAGUUUGAGCCUGUCUCCCAUCUGAAGGGAUAAUGUAUGAUGAAAGUUUAAAAUCAUGAAAUGGAUUUACUUUAGCAUAGGAAUUUGAACAAAAUAACUUCCCUACCAGUAGCAGUACAACUUACACUUCAAACCAGAUUGCUUUCAUUGCAGUAUUCAAAUUAUUUUAUUUUUUAUCUCAGAUUUUAAUUUGAUUAAAUAAAUACAUUCGAUUUGAUAAGCUGAUGACUUCAUGCCCAGUUGUUUCUUCUGUGUAAAAAUUGAUAAAAACCUUAGCUAUUUAUCUGGACAUGAUUAUUGCUUCAUACUUAAUGAAUUUAAUAUAUUGGCUUCAAAAUAGCGUCACUGCCACAAUGAUACCAAUAUUUAAGUAGUAUUCUAAAUCUGCAAAACUAUUGUAUUAACUUAGCUUGUAUCUAAUUCAUGGUGUUUGUUUUUUGGUCAAGAAAUUCUUUUUUUUCUUCAAGCAAGAAGUAUUGCAUUCCUGGUGGUUUCCUAUGAACUUCUGUAACCAUUCUGAUUGUUUUAAAGACCUAUAUUGAUGUAUUCGAGAAUGUUUUGAAAUAAUCUUUGUUUAAUACUGCCAAAAUUAAUUUAAAUUCAUGUCAUUUGUUUCUGAAAAUUAAUAAAUUUGACAAUAUUUUCAUUUUUCUUGAGAAAUUUAGUCAAGGGCUUUCAUUGAAUUUGUAUUCUAAUACUGUUUCUAAUUUUAAGUGAGAUUAAAUCUGCCAAAACGUUUUGAUAAAGAUAAAUUCAUUAAGAAUAUGUUUGCACUGUAUAAGCACCGUAUAAGUAGCAAAUAAGCUGUAUUCAUAUUGGAUAUUGAAAUCAAUAAUGAUGGAUCGAAGUCAUACUUUAUGAAAGUAAAAGUAAUUCAAUAUUGUAUAUGAUAAUUCUGGGCAAUUAAACUCCACCAAUAAUUGCCUAGUUUGUAUUUA